UUAGGAUAAGGACUGGGAACAAGCUGACACAUUCUUGCCAGCAUCAGAUAAUAAAAAGAUGGAGAAGAAGAGGGGCCCUGGGAAAGUUGGGAUCAUUGUUGUUCUGGUGAUCUCGGCAGCUGUUUUGGCUUUGAUCAUUGGGCUUCUGGUCUGGCAUUUCCACUUCCAGAAGGAUUUGAAGUCACAGAAGAUUUACACCGGCUCAGUUAGGAUAGCAAAUCAAGCUUUUGUGGAUGCGUAUGAAAACCCGGACAGUGCAGAGUUUAAAGACUUGGCAAACCAAGUCAUGGCUCAGCUAAAAUCAAUGUACUCAGAAUCUCCACAACUGUCUAAAUAUUACAUUGGUUCCGAAGUCCAAGCCUUCAGUGAGGGCAGUGUAAUAGCUUACUAUGAGUCAGAGUUUGCCGUUCCAGCGGGACAGGAAGCAGCAGUGGAUCAGGCUGUGAACAGGUUAAGCUCCAAAGUUCGCAGAGUUGGGGAAAAACAGGGUCCCCUGGUCUUUGAUCACGUUGUGUCUUCAGCUCUGGACACACGUUUGUUCUCAAAAGCCAGGACAAGUAUGAGAUACUCCCAGCAUGCCAAGAGUUCUGCUGAAGAGAUCAUUACAUCACCAGGUUUCCCCGACAAACCUUAUGCUCCAGACACUUUUGUGCAGUGGCAGCUUCGGGGAGACCCAGGCCACGUGCUAAAGUUGUCUUUUGACACCUUCAACCUGGAAGAAAACUGUUCAAAUGACUUUGUGAGAGUGUAUGACUCAUUGGUUGCCUUGGACAAACACCUCAUGGAAGAGGAGUGUGGCUUUUAUUCUCCCAGUAAUCCCUUAAAUUUCAUCUCAUCCCGGAAUGUUAUGCUGGUCACCUUGGUAACCAACGAAGAAGGGAAUUUUCCGGGUUUCAGAGCCCGUGUCACUCAGAUCAGUCAAGAUAGCAGCGAUCUUGCAUGUGGUGGUAAAUUGAGUGGAACGUCUGGUAGUUUUAAAUCACCCAACUUCCCCAGUUAUUACCCACCCAACAAAACAUGUCAGUGGGACAUCGAGGUUCCCGAUGGUAAACACAUCAAGUUAAGGUUCCCCACGUUCAUGGUUUCUACAGGGAGUCUGAAUCAUUGCUCUGGAGAUUAUGUGCAGAUUGUUGGUAAAAGCAUAUUGUGUGGAAAGCAGCCUGAUAAUCCCAUGGUGACGGUCAACAGUAACAAGAUGACUGUUGUGUUCAAAUCGGAUUCAUCACAAGUAGAUCAAGGUUUUAGCGCCACUUAUGAGGUCUUUGAGCCCACUGACCCCUGUCCGGAUAAGUUCCAGUGUGACAACAAGCGCUGUAUAAACCCAUCUUUGCGCUGUGACGGCUGGAACGAUUGUGGUGACAGCACAGACGAGAGGAACUGCAAAUGUGAUGCCAGCAUGAUCCAGUGCAGAAACGGGGUCUGUAAGCCGAUGUUCUGGCGGUGUGAUGGAGUAAAUGACUGUGGAGAUGAUACAGAUGAACUUAAUUGUGGCUGUAACGUUGGAGAAUUUCAAUGCGACAACAAUCAGUGUGUCUCAGAGAAGCUGAAGUGUGACGGGAAUCGUGACUGUAAAGAUGGCUCAGAUGAAGACGGCUGUUCAAGAGAUAUCUGUAAGGACUCAACGUUUCUGUGCGGUAAUGGCAAAUGCAUAACCAAACCGAACCCUAUGUGUGACGGGCAAAAUGACUGUGACGACGGAUCAGACGAGUCCAACUGCAACUGUGGUAAGAAGGCUAACACGAAGCCUCGAAUUGUGGGUGGUCAGGAAGCAGAUGUGGAUGAGUUCCCAUGGCAGGUCAGCCUGCACGUUAAAAACACCGCACAUGUUUGCGGCGCAUCAAUCAUCAGUGAACAAUGGAUUGUGACGGCUGCCCACUGCGUACAAGACGAAGCCAAAAUCAAAUAUUCUCAGCCGGGGACAUGGGAAGCAUACUUGGGUCUCCACACACAAAAAGAGAAACAGAAGGCAACAAAGAGAUUGCUAAAACAAAUCAUUCCUCACAAGAACUACAAUGCCUACACGUAUGACAACGACAUCGCUCUGAUGGAGCUGGACUCACCCGUGACCUUCAGUGCGAACAUUCGACCCAUCUGCUUGCCCACUGCCACUGACGUCUUCCCGGCUGGUGAAACGGUCACUAUCAGCGGCUGGGGUGCCACUAGAGAAGGAGGCUCUGGAGUGACUGUGCUGCAGAAAGCGAAUGUUCGCAUCAUCAACAGCACGGUGUGUGACGAACUAAUGGACGGUCAGAUCACAUCUCGCAUGACGUGUGCUGGCGUUCUGUCAGGAGGAGUGGAUGCUUGCCAGGGGGAUUCUGGUGGUCCUAUGUCUGUUUUAUCAAAUGAGCGUAUGUACCUGGCAGGAGUGGUGAGCUGGGGUGAUGGCUGUGCUCGCAGAAAAAAGCCUGGCGUCUACACAAACGUGACAAAAUUCAGGGCCUGGAUCAAGGAGAAGACAGGAGUAUAAGUUGCCUCGAAGAUUAUAAUGAACUGAAAACCGUUUUGUUUUUUCAGGUUGCAAAUAUUUUAAUAACAUGCAUGGUCUGGCUGAAGAGAAGGCUGGACUCUUGACCUGUUUUUUGUCUAACAGUUGUUUUAUAUGUUUAUAUAUUUUAUGAGAGCGGAAGGAAGGUUUUAUUCCGUCUUAAGAUGUGUAAAUAAAUGCCUUGUUUUCUUUUUUUAAAGGUUCAUUCUUAAAGUGAAGCUUUUAUUAUUUGAAUAUAAAGGAUUUAGUUUUUAGUUUUGGUCUGUACCUUGGGUUUUUUCUGGUUCCAGGAGUAUUCCAGGAGUCACACUCACAUACUUGAAUGUGAACAUCUUCAGUUUUUUAUGACUUGUGCAAUAUGUAUGUAUGUAAUGUGAGAGUUAAACAUGGAAACACUUGAAAGGAAGUCUGGAGUGCUUUAGGUUUGAUUGAGGGACUACAUUUAACACUUGAAAAAUACAUUUAGAAACAAAAAAACAUUGUUUCAUCCACCAUGAUUUAACAGUUUAGCAAAUAAAAUGUGUAUCUGGUAAA